AUGGCUGCCAGCAAGCGCUCAGUGGAGAGCGCCGAUAUCAAACCGUCCAAAAGGGUAAAGACGUCAAAAGAAACUACCACAGCAACCGGAACUUCGCCUGGGAAGCCAGAGGCUAGAUUUGACAAUCCGGGGAAUACAGGUGCUGCAAAUGCAAGGAAGAACCAGAAGGAGAAGUACCGUUCAACGGCACAUCAAUCUUACAAGAAACCAGAACCAUAUGUGAACAACCAAUCCUCACGCGAAGCCCAUGCUAAGCAAAAAGCCCUGACACAAGACCGCCGAGCUGCAAAACCCAAUGCCGACUCGAUAGCCCGCUCGAAGAAGAUUUGGGAACGCCUGAGGCGGAAAUCCCAUGUUCCCAAGCAAGAGCGGGAUGAACUAGUCGGAGAGCUCUUCCAAAUCAUAUCUGGGCGGGUGAAGGAUUUUGUUUUCAAACAUGACUCUGUGCGGGUGAUUCAAUGUGCUCUCAAGUAUUCCACGCCGGAACAGCGAAAGCAAAUCACCGCUGAGCUGAAGGGCAGCUAUCGCGAGUUGGCCGAGUCCAAGUACGCCAAGUUCCUGAUUGCGAAGAUGGUCGCGGGCGACGAUGAGAGUCGCGAUGCUGUGGUACACGAGUUUUACGGCCAUGUGAAGCGAUUAAUCCGGCAUCCCGAGGCCAGUUGGAUCGUGGACGAUAUCUACCGAACCAUUGCAACCAAGGAACAAAAGGCCAUCCUCCUGCGAGAGUGGUAUGGUCCCGAAUUCGUCCUCUUCGGCAAAUCUCAGAAGAGCAACACGACUUCCUCAGGCGACGAACCAGUUACGUCCGACCUUUCUGACAUUCUCGCACAAUAUCCCGAGAAGCGAGGACCGAUCAUGUCCCACCUUCGUGAAAUGACCAAUCAACUCGUCCAGAAGAAAACGACUGGCUUCACUAUUCUCCAUGAUGCUCUACUGCAAUACUUUCUGAACUGCAAGCCAGGCAGUCCCGAGAUCACCGAGUUCUUUUCCAUGCUCCACGACGAUGAGGAAGGGGAUCUUCAAAAGAAUCUUGCCUUUACGAAGUCCGGAUCUCGCUUGCUUUGCCUUUGCUUGGCACAUGGAAGUUCCAAGGACAGAAGAGGGAUAAUGAAGUUCUUCAAGACGCACAUUCAGCUACUGGCCAGUGAUCAAUACGGGCAUAAAGUGCUAUUGACCGCGUACGAUGUUAUUGACGACACGGUAAUGACAUCGAAGACGAUCUUCCCCGAACUUCUGGGUAAGGAUCGUGAGGCAGGAGCGAGGGAAGAAGAAUUGCUGGCUCAAGUCGAGCAUCUUACAGCACGGAUCCCGCUCCUUUAUCUCAUGUCACCAGAUGCACCGAAGUGGCUCAUCACGGAGGAUACAGCUGCGCUCAUUUCGGAAGUCCGUGAGAUCAGGAAAGAGACGUCCAAAAAAGAUCCAGCAAAACGUCGGUUAGAACUACUCGAGAACAUUGCACAGCCAUUGCUCGACCUCAUCCAGGGCCAGGUACAGUAUCUAGCACAGUCAAGUUUCGGAUGUCAGUUCAUCACGGAGACAGUAUUCGGUUGCGCUGGUGUUGGCGAUACUAAAGGUGCAUUGGCUGCUAUCGCCAGUCUAGCUACGGAUCGGCCUGAAGACGCCGAGAAGAAGGAGGAGGUAGAAAAGAUCAUUUCCACUCCCAUGGUGGGGCGAAUGAUCAAAGCUUUGGUGCAAGGCGGACGAUUUGACAAGGCCACGAAGUCCAUCAAGCUUGUCGAGCCCCCCUUGAAAUUUCACCACACACUAUAUUUCAGGAUCAAGGCCACUGGUGGCGAUGCGGAGAUCGUGAACUGGACGAACGGGUCUAACAGCUUUGUCGUGGUCGCGAUGUUAGAGGCCGAAGACUUCGAGGCCAGGGACGAGCUACUGAGAGUAUUGAAGAAGAAUGCCAGUGGUUUGAACAAGGACAACAAAGGCGCAGCGAUCGUUCUGGAGAAGGUAGGCGGCAACGCCCGCACAGAAGGGGGGAAGGAGGAGAAGCCACGGGCAGAUCGAGCGGACGAAGGGGAUGACGGAGCCACUACAGAGCAGAAGGACAAAGGAAGAAAGGGCAAGCAACGGAAAGCCUAG